CCUCGAUUUAAUGAUCCCACUGUCCAGCAAAUUUUAUCGAAAAUAACUGGUGUAGAUUUAGUCAAGAUUUUUCAUAGUAGACCUCAAGAACAACCCAAGUUACCUACUUAUAAGCUAAUGUCAGAUGUAGAGUUUAAAGCGGCGGAAGCAAAAGCAAUUCAAGAAGCCAAACAAUUAUUGGCUAUGCCACCUCAGAUGGUUCAAAGAGAACGAGGCAUUAGCAGAGUAAUCACCAUUGAUAAGGAGUUUGUAGGCUACGAUGAAGAUAAUGCCAAUUACAUAUUUACUGAUAUUAGCUUAUCUGCAACUGAUCGGGAUCGUCGUGUUGUUGUACGGGAACCAAAUGGCGCCUUGAGAUAUGCUACCUGGGACGAAAGAGAUAAAAUGAACCAAAUUUAUUACCCCAAGUUAGGCAGACAGUUGAAAGUGCCUCUUAUGUUUCAAGGAAAAAAUUUAGAAAAUAGCUUCAGCCAAUUACGUCAUGCUGAUCUCCUCGAUUUAGCCGUACUUCAGUUUGAGCCUGAUUCUUCUAUGUAUAUCCAGGUUCAUCAAAAAACUUAUGAAAAUCUAGAUGAUCAUAAAAAUUAUGACCUACUACGAUCUACCCGUCAUUUUGGCGGAAUGGCGUAUCAUCUUGUUAAGAGGAAUCGUUUCCAUGGGUUACUCUCUGAUAUGCUUACGCGAAAAUUGAUAUCGGAUGCUUGCGAUUUAAUAGGCCUAUAUUGUUUAUUGCAUCCUCAAAGUUCUCUUGCCAGACAGAUAAAAGAA